GUCGUCAUAGAAACGGUUUGUUGAUAGCUGAUGUCAGAGAAGCCUGAAAACAUCGUAAAAUGAAACUCAAGCGGUUCCUUCUCAGAUACUAUCCACCGGGUAUAAUUUUGGAAUAUGAGAAAGGAGGAUAUUUGAGGACCAAAUCGAUUGACCUCUUGGAUUUGACUCCAGAAUCAAACCCAGAUGAAUUGCUGGCAGAAAUCAGGCAAUCGGAGCCUCUGAUCACAGAGUCCAGGGCUGUUCAGGUCAAACAGCUGAUCCUCCGACUUCAGCAGAAACAGGGCGAGCGGGACCACCACAGGUUCUGCUUCUUUAAGAGGCUUAAGGCACACAUACUGCCGCUGACGAACGUGGCCUUUGACAAAUCAGGGUCGAGGUUCAUAACUGGGAGCUAUGACAGGACGUGUAAAGUUUGGGACACCGCCUCAGGCACGGAUCUGCACACGCUAGAGGGUCACAGGAACGUGGUUUAUGCCAUUGCAUUCAACAAUCCCUAUGGAGACAAGAUUGCGACCGGCUCUUUUGAUAAGACCUGUAAACUGUGGUGUGCCGAGACGGGCAAAUGUUUUCAUACCUUUUGCGGACACGUGGCGGAAAUAGUGUGCCUGGCAUUCAACCCCCAGAGUACACUGGUAGCCACAGGGAGCAUGGACACCACUGCCAAGCUGUGGGAUGUGGAGACUGGGGAGGAGGUGGCCACUCUGACUGCUCACACUGCAGAGGUCCUGUCUCUGUGCUUUAACACAGUGGGAAACCAGCUGGUCACUGGCUCCUUUGACCACACCGUUGCUAUAUGGGAUGUUGCUUCAGGAAGAUGCGUCCACACUUUGAAUGGUCACGGGGGGGAAGUCAGCAAUGUUCAGUUCAACUGGGAUUGCUCCCUCAUAGUCACGGGCUCCAUGGACAAAACCUGCAAGUUGUGGGAGGCAGUCAGUGGGAAGUGUGUGGCCACCCUGGUUGGACACAAAGAAGAGGUGCUAGAUGUGUGUUUUGAUCUAAGUGGUCAGCUCAUUGCUUCUGCCUCUGCUGAUGGCACAGCGAGAGUGUUCAGUGCAACCACACAUCAAUGUCUUGUGACCCUUGAGGGCCAUGAUGGAGAGAUCUCCAAGAUCUGUUUCAGCCCCCAAGGGAGCCGGAUCCUGACGGCCGGCUCAGACGCGACAGCUCGUCUGUGGGACGUUCAGUCUGGAGUCUGCCUACAAGUCCUGGAGGGGCACACCGAUGAGAUCUUCUCCUGCGUCUUCAACUAUGAGGGGAACACUAUCAUUACAGGCAGCAAGGAUAACACAUGCCAGAUCUGGUACUGACUCUUCCCUUGACCCUUGGGAGGAUCAGACAGACAACGGUUCACAACAGUUCUCAAUGUAUCACUGUGUAUACUUCUAAUGGUAAAAUGCCGACUCACAACAUCUGUGUUCACUUUGAGGAGUAAGUCUGGUUCUUGUGAUCUGUGUCAGGUUAAAGGGGCAUUGCAAAUCAUCGUCACUUGAUUAGAUAAUGUGUCUCCUGUUACUCAAACAGUUUGAAACUUCACUUGUUUCCUGACUUCACAGUUUAGAGUGGACACUUUGCUCAUAAAAUGUCAUUGAUUAGUUUAGUCUAAAACUAUGUUUUUAAAAAAAAUUUUUUAUAGUUCUGACAUUUUGGAGGCGAUUAGUUUAGCCUAGCAGACUAGAAGCAGCAGGACACAGCGAGUCUGGCUCUGUCCAAGUUUAAAAAAAACACGCCUGCCAGCCUAGACCGGUACAAUAAAUACAAUAAAGUAGCUGCUGGUUUACAACCAAUACGAUGUCAUUCUGAUGUGGAGAAAUGUGCCACUAAACAGUGUUCAGUUCCCUUUCUGCUGAAUGUUACAAAUAGAUCAAGCCUGCUCGUAUUUCACAUCACAGAAAUUUAUUGAUGUCAAAAGAUAAAUACAUUCAGUUCUACCGUGACAGUUUACAGCUGAAUUGUGUGCUUUUUUCCCCCCAACACUAGAGAACCACUCAGUAGAGAACAGACCUAAUUCACGUACAAAUUCAACAUUACAAACCCCACUCUGUCUUCCUUACAUAGUAAAAGCUUAAGAGAGCAGUCCACUCCUCCAAGGUGCAGAAGUUCCAAAUCUACAGUAUAUACAGUACAGCUAUCUAAAAUAAUCAGUUCCCAAGUAACAUGAAUAAGAUAACAUACUUACUUAGAACUGAAUUUCAAGGUCACAACAGAGAUGGUAUGUUGGCUGAUGAACACAACAAAGAUAUGGUCAUUUUGCUUAUUUUAAGCAAAUAUGCACUUUUAAGUGGCUAUCAGAAGAAGGUGAAAUAGCUUUUUUUUCUGAGCUUCUGUUGAUAUAAAAGGUAUGAGCAUGUUGAGUUGUGUGGAGACGGUAACAGUUAAAAGAAACUAUACCUCCUGUUUCUGUAUGCGUCUCACGAGAGGUGAUGCUGACAUUAAAUGGAUUUUCUAUUUUUCUAUUGGUACCUUGCUUCUUGUGUGCUCAUUUGGAAUAAAUAUAAGCAUACGUUGGUUUGUCAGAAUCU